AUGUCUCUCCGAUCAUCGAGUACACCCGCAAGUGCCUCUCAAGCUCCUCCGCCACCACCACCGCCAUCUGCAGCUGCUCGACUCACAAACCGUCGCCUCAUCUCUCUGAUCGGACACGAUGCCCCAAAGUUCAUGCAGGGCAUCAUCACGAACAACGUUCGCUCCGAUUCCACCAGCGGAUUCUAUGCGGCAUUCUUGACAGCUCAAGGGAAAGUGCUACACGAUUCCUUCAUCUACCCAACUUCUGGCUCAAGUUGGCACAAGCAACAAGCUACCAAUUCUGAAGAGCCUGGGUACUUGGUUGAAGUGGAUGCAGAUCAAGCGGAGAUCCUGUUGAAGCAUCUGAAAAGGCAUAAGCUGCGCUCAAAAUUCAAGCUACGGCUGGUGGAAGAAGGGGAGUUGAAUGUUUGGAGUAUGUGGAAAGAUGAAAGAUGGACGGCACACGGACAGCCUCAAACCACGUCCAACAAUGAUGGCACUAUCACGUUGACGGAUUGUCGAGCACCUGGAAUGGGGCAAAGGCUGGUUCUGGCAGACUCGGAGGUGGAACAUGCUUUGGAAGACGCGGAACAGGCACCACUUUCAGCGUACACCAUUCGAAGAUAUCUGAGGGGCGUGGCAGAGGGUCAAAAGGAGAUGCCAAGAGACGAGAGUCUACCCAUGAACUGCAACAUCGAUAUUAUGGGUGGCAUCGACUUCAAGAAAGGUUGCUAUGUUGGUCAAGAGUUGACCAUCAGGACACACCACACUGGAGUCGUGAGAAGGCGAAUACUCCCUAUCACACUAUUCGACCAGUCUGCCGACGCCCCCGAAAAGCUCGAAUACAAUCCGUCAUCAGGUAUCGACUCGUCUACUCUAGGAGGUAUUGACAUCCGACGGGACGAUAAAAGGAAGCGAAGCACAGGCAAGUUCCUUGCGGGCAUUGGCAACAUUGGGCUAGGGAUGUGCAGGCUUGAACAGAUGACUGAUCUUAAGGUCUCCAGCGAGCCCAGUACCUACAAGCCAGAAGACAGGUUUCUUGUCCAAAAUGGAGAUGAGAAAGAGUUGGGGUUGAAAGCCUUCGUUCCCGACUGGUUGCGUGGAAGCAUCCGGGAGCCAAAGAUACAGAAACGAGUGGAAUGA